AUGAAAAAGUAUGAAUAUUAUUACGAUGUUGACAAAAUAUUGAUUUCACUCACUGAAAGUCUGGGCACUUUAAGUGUUAACGCAACCUUGUUUUCUCAAACAAUGUCAUCAAACACAGAAAGCCCUCCCAAUCAAUCUCCAAAAAUAAUUUUGGACAGCGAAGGAAAACCUCUUAAACCCUGUUGUGCAUGUCCAGAAACACGUCUCAAGCGUGAUCAGUGCGUUCUAAUGUAUGGCGAGGAAAUGUGUGCAGAUGUGAUCAUGGAGCAUAAAGAAUGUUUGAGAAAACUUGGUUUUGCUGAUUCUUCUGAUCAAAAGCCCACAGCUCGAUUCCGUGUUACGGGUUCAAUGCUUCCUAAUUUAGUAGGUCGCGAUGUAUGUAUAGUUGGGACUGCUCUUCGUGUUGCCCCUUCAGGACAAAGAAUACAUAUACGCUGCGCAGAUGGGCGGGAAAUCGAUUGCAAUCUCCUCUCGCCUCUUCAGGCUUCUCCAGAAAAUCGAGUUAUAGAAGUGCAAGGUCGCGUAAGCAAUGUGCAAGGUACAGAAAUCAAUGCUACAGCGGAACCGGUCGUUUUCUCCCAGGAAGCAAGUACAAAGUUUGACAGCGAUUUAUAUUCACAAGCUAUCCAAAUGACAGCUCAGUUCGAUCAGUUUUACAUUCAACCAAUGGAAGCAUAA